UGAAUUCUGUCUUGUAUUCGUCCGCCGAAGCAGGAAGACGUGAAGGCGCCAUUUUAAGAGACGUGUGUUUUAUAGCCGUGGUCCGAAGCUUUCUGGUAGUUUUGCUUUGACGGAUAUUAAUUUACAUUACUUGAUUAAUUCAUAGCAGUAAGUAAACGUUACCACGAAGUAUUACUUUCGGUGCAACUUAGGGUUUUUGUUUAAUCACAGUAGAAUAUGUCUGGCGGUGGUGUGAUCCGGGGUCCUGCAGGGAACAACGAUUGUCGGAUAUACGUCGGAAAUUUGCCUCCCGAUAUUCGUACCAAGGACGUCGAGGACGUUUUUUACAAAUAUGGGGCAAUUCGUGAUAUCGACUUGAAAAAUCGAAGAGGAGGACCACCUUUUGCAUUUGUUGAAUUCGAGGAUCCCAGAGAUGCAGAGGAUGCUGUGUAUGGACGGGAUGGUUAUGACUAUGAUGGCUACCGUUUGCGGGUGGAGUUUCCCAGGAGUGGCAGAGGUGGAAGAGGUGGAGUGGGAGGCGGUGUUGGAGCCCCGAGAGGCAGAUAUGGCCCUCCUUCUAGGCGCUCUGAGUAUAGGGUAAUAGUUUCAGGACUCCCUCCUAGCGGAAGCUGGCAGGACCUGAAGGAUCACAUGCGUGAAGCAGGUGAUGUAUGUUACGCUGAUGUUUUCCGAGAUGGCACCGGUGUUGUGGAGUUUGUGCGCAAAGAAGACAUGACCUACGCUGUUCGAAAGCUGGAUAACACUAAGUUCCGGUCACACGAGGGCGAGACAGCUUACAUCCGUGUAAAGGUGGACGGCCCCCGCAGCCCGAGUUAUGGGCGUUCACGCUCUCGCAGCCGCAGCCGGAGCCGCAGCCGGAGCAACAGCCGUAGUCGCAGCUACUCUCCACGUCGUAGCCGAGGAUCUCCACGUUACUCGCCUCGCCACAGCCGUUCUCGAUCCCGCACCUAAGCACCCACAUUACAGCUAGUUCGCCAGCCACAACCAUACACCCUGUGUUGCCCUCUGCUGGACCCACUGUUGUACUUCAUCGCCCUUUUGACUUGUUUCGUCUCCCCAUGGCCCCAGUUUAAUUUGUUUGGUUAAGCGCCAAAUUUACAACAGGUUUUUUUUCCUUUCUUUUUUUCAUAUUAAUCCUUUAGCUGACAGUAAGGUGGGAGUGGGAGUUCCCUUGUCUUCCUCUGUAGUCUUCUUAAAUCCUUCCUAGUGUUUUUGUCCUAUCUGUUUCCCUUUGUGUCUUUUGUUCUGCAUCUACAUUUUAACUGGAUUUUCAUUCCCCUCAUUUGUACAUGUUGGACAAGAGAGAUCUUCAAAUGCUUAAAAAUGUAAUGUUUGAGGAAUUUGCCACUGUAUGUUUUUUUGUUUUUUUUUUUCCUUUUUUUGUUGUUAGUAGUGGGUUUUGGGGUGGGGGGGGUUGGGGUUUUAUUUAGCUGGUUAGGAUUUUUGUUGCAAAACUGUUCUAUUUUUACCUUUUCAUGUCUUUCUAUAGACAACAGAGGAGCAGGAUUAAAGAAAUCUUUGGAAUAAAGGAUUGUGAAGCACAGUUCAUUCAUAUUAGGAUAAAGCGUUUUUGGAGGAGGAGGAGGAGGAGGAGCAGGCAUUUCAAUUUUGGCAAUGGUUUGGAUUGGAGGAGGGGCUCUCUGUUUCCCGAUCCUUGGAGCCGGAUCAUUGGAUCAGUUCAGGAUCAGGAGCAGGAUUAGGAUUAGGAUAAGGAUGGAUACAUACAUGGAGCGCGAUCAAUUUACCGGGAGCGGGAACCAUAGGAGAGGAUCCCAACCCCACACCCCCUCACCAAACCGCAGUUAUUGGAGUUAACAUAAAGCGGAAAACUUGGCUUUUUAAUUGGCUAUUGUUGAACCAAAUUUAAAUAUUUUUUGUUCUUUGUUUUUGUGGAGCCAGACCAAAGAUGUGCACACUGAAGGGAUCCUGCAGUUGUUUUUGUUUUUAUGAGAUUUUGGUAUAAAGUGGAGCAAUGCCAGGAACCAGGAGGCCGGAUCAGUUGCUUUGGAUGGAAUCCACGUGAGGAGCUUGGUAAAUAGGGGGAUAUAGAGUCUGGGGAGGGUGGGCUGGGAGACUUAUUUUGAUGGGGAUUUUGUAGUUUAUUUAGGGAUUCAAAUAUACAAAGUGCUUCUGCAUUUUUAGGCAAUUGCUGUGUUGGAAUUGGGAUUUUCCUUGAUUUUGCUAUUUCAGAUUCCUUAUUUGUAGUGGGUUUCCCUCCCCCAUCCCCCUCACCCUCCCUUAAAAUAAAGUUUGAAAGUCUAGUA